AUGCGUCUUCUCAUAUUUUUCUUCGUUGCUUUUAUUUGCAAGCAAGGAAGUGGAACAAUAUACCAAUGUAAUACAAAUACUUCAUGUGGAUGUUCAACUUCAUUGACACUUGUAUCACGUAUUGUUGGUGGUGAAAAUGCAACUCGACAAUCUUGGUCAUGGGCUGUUUCUCUUCGUUCUUACGGAGAACACAUUUGUGGAGGAACCAUUCUUUCACCAUCAUUCAUUAUUACUGCUGCUCAUUGUUUCGAAUACAUAACUGAUUUAAAAAGUAUUACUAUUCUUGCUGGAUCACUAACUAUAAAACCUUCAUCAGAUGAUUCAUCUCAAGUUCGUUCAGUUGUUCAACUUUACAAACAUCCGAAUUAUAACUCUUCUUUGUGGACGAAUGAUGUGGCUCUUCUUCGCUUGUCUAGCCCAUUAAAUAUGACACACGGAAAUAUCAAACCAAUCUGUUUACCAUCUGGUAUUGUUCCACAACCAUCAGACAAUAUUAAUAUGAUUGCUAUAGGUUGGGGUACUACAUCAACAUCAUCAGGUAAAGUUUCUUCAACUCUUCUUCAAGUCACUGUACAACUUAUAGAAAAUACAUACAGUGGAUGUCAAUACCUUAUCUUUGAUAGUAAACUACAAUUUUGUGCUGGAAUAAAAACUGGUGGCAAAGGUAAUACAUUAAUUUUACAUAUAUUGAAUGAUUCGAUAUUUUUGUGUCUAUCUACAGAUACUUGUCAAGGUGAUAGUGGUGGACCAUUAAUGGCAUUUGUUAAUAAUGUUUGGCAACUUUAUGGUAUCACAUCCUAUGGCUAUGAAUGCGCGUUACCUGGGUAUCCAGGAGUCUACACUCGAGUUAGUUACUAUAUACAAUGGAUCAAAUCGAUUAUGCCAUCCCAAGAAAUUAAAACAACUACAACUAGUACAAGUAAAAAACCAACAACAAAAGUAACUAAGACAAGCAAAAUUCCGAUGAGAACUACGACUACCACAAUCAAAAUUCUAACAACAACUAGAACUAGAACAAGCUAA